CGAUAUCUUGUCGUAUCCGUGGAUUGUUGACACAAACUGCUAUAGUUAUUUUAGGCCGUUAACGUCUACAGGCUGUUACUCCUUCACGGAUCAUUCAGCAACGCACUCCUCAACAUUGUAAACACGGGGUUAGCCAGCUACGACGACGCCUUAUGUAAGAUAAUGUGUAUCUAACAAACUGGCUCUGCCUCCAUUAUGGCAGUUUUGAACAAUAAAAAGCUGACAGGAUUAUCGUGUCGUAUUUUGCUUUGCUGUUUAGACCUGUAACUAGAUUACAUAUGUGACUCAAGGAGUAAAGGCGCCAUAGCUUAAGCAGGCGGGUCCAUGGAGGGGUGUGUCAAAGAAGUAGAAGCAGCUGGUCAGCCAUUGGCUUCCUCUCAGGAAAAGGCUUCGCCUUUAGAAGUGUUUUCAUUUAAAUGUCGGGCGGGAGGCGCUAAGGGAGGAAAAACAAAACGGCGCAGCCGAGCCCUACGAUCUGGUGUAGGUUAGCGUACACAGUGUCCUCAUAUACAUGAUGUGUUAAUGUGUCGCCUUGCCGGAAAGUGGCUGAUUUUUAACCAUCUUCCUUUACAGCGUUAAGAGUGGAGGAAUAUGGUGACAAAGCGGAUUAGAUCGGAAUAUAUGAAGAAAUUCAAGGAUCCGAAAUGGGAAACGUAUGCAAAAUGUUAUGAGGAUCUGGUGAAGUACAGGUUAUCCAGGCGACUCCUGGAGCAAGCUCAUAACCCCUGGUUUUGGGGGGAAUGGGGAAGUGACACCGAGUCUAGCGGUAAAUCUACACCUGUGAGCAAAAGUAAAGUUGAGCCGCUUCAGCUGAAGGAGGAAACUUCACUUUCACCAGCACCUCGAUCUGGGAAGGAAACACCAGAGGCAGCUGCUCCUGAACAGCCCGAACCAGUACACGACAGAGAAAUACAGUCCCCUAUUAUAGAACAAGUCACAGGAGAUGUUGAAGCUCAGGAGGAGGAGGAAGAGAAAAGCAGAGAGGCUUCACCUGUCACCUCUGUAAUCCAACCAGAAACAGAUACCUGGGCCCAGAGGAAGACCAAGAGCAAACCCCGCCAUUCACACAAGCCAAGCAAGUCUAAAACCAAGCCUCAAAUAACCAAAGACAUGGGAACAACCAAAGACACUGACAAAGAAAGCAGGCACCCUUUUGCUAUGUAUGGAUCAGGAGAGAGACAGGCAGAGGUGGCCUCCAAAAAAACUCAUAAUGUGGGUCCUGCUGCUUCAACCAAGGAGAUCCACGAGUCAGCACUACGAGCAAAAACCAGACGAGAGAUGGAGAAGCAGAUGAAAAGAGAAGACAAACGGAGGGCAAAAUCUGCUGACUUGGAGAAGAUGAGCAAAAGCAAGAUCGUCCCUGAUUACAACCCCUGGAUGACGGAGUACAUGCGCUGCUUCUCUGCUAGGUCGCGGUAAAAUCAAACACACAUUACUAUAUGAAGAGAAAAUCAACUAAAAAGACUUUGACUUGGCAAACCUCUCAGGCUCCCAGCAACAUUCCAUAUGGACACUGGUGGAAAAUGUAUGACCACCUCAGCCAUCUUCCUAAGUGGCUUAUUGCCAUGAAGAAUCAGAUAUGUCAAGCUGACAGUUUAGCCCUGAUUUCAGUAAAAGCAUUAAUGCAAUUUAUUUAUUUGUACUGGAAAUGAAAAUGGUGCAUAGCGAAUGCAUUGCCUCAGCACUUCAUCACAUGUCACUUUUGUUUACUGGUAUUCGUUAUUAGUGUGAUUUACUUUAGAAAAUCAUGGAUGUGCAGCACAGUUCACUGUUUUCACAAGCCACAUUUUAGAGCCACAAACAGCCACCUCAGGAUUAGCUCAGAGUAAAAUGUACAUGUUGUGUGUUUUUUGUUGUGUUGUUACAGUACUAAAACUGGCCUGCUGUCAACAAUCACUGAAACUGAAAAAUAAUUUUUAGUAUCCAUACUGUACCUGCUGCAUCACGAACAGUCACUCUAAUUCCGUAUUAAGGGCGCUGGUCUAGAAUCUAGACUGUUAAUGUUUUUGUAUUUUCUAAGAAUUGCGUAUGGUUUAAAUUUGCACUGGUAAAUUAUGUAUUGUUUCGUUCUUUGUCUAUUGAGGUCGUUCAUAAGUUUACAUUCAUCCAUUCAUUCCAUGUGAUCCACAGGGUACUGCUAAUAUGAACUGGGUCAAGUUGCCCUAAAUUCACUCAUCUAAUGUUUGCUAGUCUUUGUCAACAGUGUCUAUUGUUUUAUGUGAAGAUGUAUUGCAUAGUAUUGUUUUUCAACAAAAAAUGCACAGCGUGUGUUUCAGGGGUGGUUAAAUUGCAGGCCAAAUUACAGUUUAAAGUUUUAAUACAGCCGAUUCAGCUAAACUGAAUAUUAAGCCCAGAAGCUCUUGGUGUGUGACAAAUGCAGCAUAGAGGGGGAUUUUGGUGCAUUGUAUCAGUAUGUUGUCAUUUUCACUGUUUUGGCCUCUCUGGCUUCAGCCACUGCAGGUUUUUCUUGCAGACUAGUGAGCUGCUUCAGUGCUUAUCGCCUACAAGGGCUAACAGAACCUGAAACAGGAGCUCAGAAGCCAACAAGCCUGUGAGAACUAUGAUCUUUUUACAUGUUUACCCAUGUAAGCUUGACGCUGCUUACAUUUUAAAAUAUGUUAUGACAGCUGACACCCACUAAAAUAUUUAGCCAAGCUUGUCACCUUGAAUUCUUGUCAGUAUACACCUGUCAGUGAAAUAUUAGAUGUUGCUUUCAAAUCUGGCCAAAGAAUGGCAACUCUGAUGACAAUAUUUAAGGCAGCUCAAAGAACAUGACUAUAAAACUUGAAAAAGCUAAUUGAGAAUGUGGUUCUGUAGGUUUCUAGGUAAACAAUCAGAUUCAAAAGUCAUACAGUUGUAAGCAAAAGUUUGAACACCCCCAGUCAAAUGAGAUUUUAGGAACUCUAGGAAUCCUCUACAGAGAACACACUUACAUGUGUUAUUUUAAUGCACAAGUUCUAUUUAUUUGCUAAGUUAUUGAAAAAAAGGGGCGCCAAAACUUUCGCCUACAAAUGUAAAUGCUACACUGAGAGUCAAAAUGUCAAAUAAUUGUACUCUGUCCUAGGUGACAGUAUAAAGGCUGCAUAUCUUUUUUGUAUAGUGGUAACUGUUUAUGGUGAUGAUGAUAAUGAAGCCAUAAUAUUGCUCCUGAGCCACUGAAGCACAAGGAUAAUGUACAACCUGCCGUCUGUGUAAAGAGCCAAGAAAGCUGGUUAGAAGGGUGUUUACAAAAGACUUGAGUGUUUGGAUGCUUGCCUGUAUUUGAAUGUGAGUUAGUAUAUGUGAAUGUGUAACAGUAACAGCAGACUGGUGUUAAUGGGAUUCUGCAUUACUACUGCAGACCAAUGUGGGGACGUAGUCUUCUUAAACUCUUUUUCACAGAGAGAAUUUCUAGAUCUUUUCAGAGUAUUUUAGCACAACAGCUAUUUUAAAUGGUGAUUGUUAAAGGGUGUGACUAAUAGUUGUGAAGAUCAAAUUUUUAUCUAUUGCUUUUACUCAGUGUACUUGGAUUAAAUUUAUUGUUUCUAGGCCUCAGGCAUCUGUUAUGUCAGUGCAAUUAAAAUGUGCUUAUUUAAUGUAUUAAUAAAUCUUUUUAUAGUUUUACCACA